AUGGAUACAGAUGACGAUCACAGCGACUUUGAACCACCAGCAUUAACUGAAUUUACAGGGGACUACUUUGGCAACUAUGAUGAAGAAGAUUUCGAGUGGCCAGAGGACCGUCAUCAAUUCAUGGAGUCCGAGGACGAUGAUGAACCCGGAGACAGAGACGGAGACGGAGAUGGAGACGGAGAUGGAGACGUUGUAGCAGCUCAUGAUGCUGAGCUUGAGCGCGGCUGGGAAUUCCCUGCAGGUCCUAUACCACCGGACAUCGAUUCAGCUGCCAGUGAUUUGGAGGAUGCUGUUCUGCAACCACAACCACAUCACACGGAACGACAGCAAGCCGAGGCACCCCUUGGCCAAUGCCCCACUAUUGAGGAGUUUCCAUGGCGUGGUGCAGGGGCUCCACUACAUUGUGCCGGCACUACGGCCUUCAAGUCCUAUAAGGACAAACUGCCGGACUCAGACAAUAAGUGGGCUCCUUUCACUUCUCGCAUAGAUUACAAGGUUGCGAAGUGGGCAAAGCUUCGUGGUGCAAGCUCGACAGCUUUUUCAGAUCUGCUGGCAAUUGACAGGCUUUAUGAUGCCUUAGGGCUUUCCUAUCGAAACUCCCGUGAACUCAAUCAGAUUAUCGACCGAAAGCUGCCAUGCAGACGACCACGAUUCAAACAUGAAGAGAUAAUUGUCGCUAAUGAGGCCUUCGAUGUAUACUCACGCGAUAUCAUGGAGUGUGUUAAAGCUCUCUAUUCAGAUCCGGAUUUCUCGCCACAUCUCAUUCAUGCUCCUGAGCGUCAUUAUGCCGACCCUGAUAAGACCGUCAGAAUGUAUCACGAUCUUCACACAGGCAAAUGGUGGUGGUCCACCCAGGCAACCACUGUCAUACCCAUUAUCCUUUCGUCGGACAAGACUCAGGUCACCAUGUUUAGAAACAAAUCUGCAUAUCCCGUCUACAUGACGAUAGGGAAUAUUCCGAAGGAAAUUCGUCGAAAGCCUUCCCGACAAGCAUGGAUCCUGCUUGCAUAUCUGCCCACUGCCAAGCUCGAACACAUUACGAAUAAGGCCGCUAGACGACGUACUUCAACAAAUUUAUUCCACGCCUGCUUGCGUCACAUCUUAGAACCUUUGAGAGUCCCUGGAGAAGACGAUUACCCGGAACAACUGCUAACAACAGGAAUUAAAUCGGGAGAGUGUCCGAAGUGUGACAUUCCACGGGACGAGCUGGGGAGUCCUGACAUUCCUGUGAAGCUUCGGGACCUGGCAGCGAUUCUUGCUGCUUUGUCACUCGUCGAUGAGGACUAUGGCAUGUGGACAAGAGCAUGCCAGGAAUGCGGUAUCAAGCCCGUCUUCAAACCAUUUUGGGAGGAACUCCCGCACACUAAUAUCUUCCAGUCAAUCACUCCAGACGUGUUGCACCAGCUCUAUCAGGGCAUCAUCAAGCAUCUGAUCGAGUGGAUCAAGGAAGCGUUCAGUGAGGCUGAGAUUGAUGCCCGUAGCCGCAGGCUUCCGCCAAAUCACAAUAUUCGCCUGUUUAUGAAAGGCAUCAGUGGCCUUUCUCGUGUCAGUGGAACAGAACACAACCAAAUCUGCCGCUUUUUGCUCGGUAUCAUCAUUGAUAUCCGAUUGCCUGGAAAUCUUGACAGUGGUCGCCUUCUUCGUGCUGUUCGUGCCAUCCUCGACUUCCUUUACCUCGCUCAGUACCCUUGCCACACCGAUCAAACUCUCGCGCUUCUCACUGAAGCCCUGACUCGCUUUCAUGACAACAAAAGCAUCUUUGUCGAUCUCGGCAUUCGAGCGAAUUUCAACCUUCCAAAACUCCAUUUCUUCCGUCAUUAUGUGCAUAUGAUCAAACUAUAUGGCACGACUGACAACUACAACACCGAGUACACCGAACGCUUACAUAUUGAUCUCGCAAAGGAUGCUUACAGAGCUACUAACCAUAAAGACGAAUAUACGCAAAUGACACUCUGGCUUGAAAGAUGCGAGAAGAUGUUAUGGCACAAUAAUUUCGUCCAAUGGCGCCUUGCUGGCGAUCCUCCUCCACAAGACAGGUUACCGCCCGACAUGGACUAUCGUCGCUCGAUCAAGAUGACGAAACACCCAACUAUUAGACGUGUUCCAUUGGAUAGUGUAGUUCACAACUAUGGCGCCACUUUUUUCACCGAAGCAUUAGCUCGUUAUGUCGUUCGCACAAAUCAACCUGGCCUUUCUCCAGCGCAACUUGAACAAGAAGCUUCCCAUGUCAUCCUUCCCUUCCAGACUGUUGCCGCAUUCCAUAGGGUCAAGUUCCACGCAAUCAAUGCUCACGGACAUCGUGAUUCAACCGUUACCGUGGAUUCAGUGCACUGUCAGCCACCACGAAAGGACAAAAGAAGGCAGAUAGUUCCUGCGCGCUUCGACACGGUUUUAGUUAACGAAGAUGGUGGUGGGACGACAGGUGUUGAUGGGUAUCGUGUUGCACAAGUGCGCAUCAUCUUCACGCUGACAAGCCAGGCUACAGCUGCCUUAUUUCGCACACCUGGAAUUUUGCCUACCCACUUUGCAUAUGUGGAAUGGUUCAUGCCAUUCGGGCAGCCUGAAGCAAACCAUGGUUUGUAUAAAAUUUCCCGCCUCAUUCGUAAUGGAGAGCGUCUGGCAAGCAUCAUUGACAUUUCUGAUAUUCGCAGGAGUGUACAUCUUAUUCCAAAAUUCGGCCCUGUAGCACCUCGUGAAUGGACCAGUAGUACCGUUCUGGAGCUUUGUUCUACCUUCUUCGUAAACUCGUUCAGCGACAGGCAUGCUUAUUUAACUAUUAUCUGACUAGUACUAGAAUCGAC